UAUAGCAAUGGUUUAAUUGAAGUAGUUACAUAGAAUUGUUUGGCAGAUGAUAAACAAACGAUAGUUCGUGUGUGGUACCAUCUUUUAUAUUCUUAUUAAUAAACAUUUAUCUAGAGAAAGAUUUUAAUUUAUACGGAAAUUCGUGGAGAAAUUUCAUACAAAAACUGAGUAUGGAUUCUGAAGAAAAUUCCCGUGCUGAGAGUAUAACUGGAGAGAUGCCGUCCUCUACCAAAGCUGUCCAGCUAUCGUCCAAAGCCACGGCCUUCUCCAUAGCCGCUAUAAUGGAGGGGGUGACCCCAAAAUCUACUCCCGAAAACCCGCAGUCCAAAGAAAGUCUUCCCACCCUCGAAAAAUUUGUGGAGGAACAUACCGAUGCCACCCCUGAUGUGAAGAAAGUUGAAGGAAAGAAUGAGUUACAUGUAGAUAGUGACGAGGUAUCUACGACAACAUCUCCAGCCUGCAGCCGCGAAUUGGCGGGAGUGGAGUGUCGUCUGGAAACCAAGGAUUUAUGGGACAAAUUCCACGAGCUAGGAACGGAGAUGAUCAUCACAAAAACCGGGAGGCGUAUGUUUCCUACUUUCCGUGUUUCGUUUACCGGGAUUGAUCCAGAAUGGCGGUAUAUGGUUCUAAUGGAUAUAGUUCCGGUUGACAACAAACGAUAUCGCUACGCCUAUCAUCGCUCUUCCUGGCUAGUGGCGGGAAAAGCAGAUCCUCCCCUCCCGACCCGCCUCUACAUGCACCCAGACUCACCUUUCACCGGAGAGCAACUUCAGAAACAAACUGUGUCUUUCGAGAAACUGAAACUCACGAACAACAUGCUGGACAAAAAUGGCCAUAUUAUUUUGAAUUCUAUGCAUAAAUAUCAACCACGGAUUCACAUUGUAAAGAAGAAGGAGUCUUCCGGAAAUCAACCUAUUUCAAGUUUAGAUGCCGAGGAAUUUAAAACAUUUAUAUUUCCAGAGUCAGUUUUCAUUGCAGUAACAGCAUAUCAAAACCAACUGAUUACAAAACUUAAAAUAGACAGUAACCCCUUUGCCAAGGGCUUCAGAGAUUCUACAAGACUGACAGAGUUUGAAAGUUCUGCGAUGGGGGCGGAAUAUUCCUAUCCAUUGAUGUACAGGGAAGGUAUGGAAUCUCUCAUGCAGCAUCACGCCUACACGCGCUCCCCCUUACGGACCUACACGGAAACCGACCUCGAGGAAACUCUGAAGCAACACCGAGAAUUUAUGUCAAAAGAAGAGAGCGGAAACCUUGAGAAGUCUGGUAUGGUUCCUCCGUGGCCAGUCUGGCGCCCUAUCCCAUCUACCUUUUCGCCCUCAUAUAUGCCAAACGAUCGGUCGCUGUAUACCUUGUAUGGUGGACUCCUUGGCCUAAACACGAACUUCAUGAUUCCACCGAUGGCCUUUCACUCAUUUGUAAAUGCUAACAACUUAAGGAUCAGAGACAGCAUCCCAACAACUUCCGCUUCCUUUUCAGACUCUGUUUACCCAUCUACUUCCUCUUAUCGGUAUCACCCGUACCUCACACCCGACAAAAUUGCAGCGGCCCAAAAGGCAGCCGAAUCAUCUGUUGCCGAGAGCUGCCGACACUGAAGCCAAAUGUUGGAUAAAUAUGGUUAUGUCGAAUCCACUGACUGAAAUUAAUACCGUUGUCUUUCAUUUCAACUCAGCUACAUGGAUCUAGUCUUUUUAGUUGAAGACAUAAUAAUAACAUUGUUUAACCUGAUUGGACAAAACAAUUAUAGGAUUGGAGUUCAUAAUUUUUUCCCGAUGCAUUUUGAACCAUCCUUAGAGCUCUACUUUCAAUAUUGGUUUGAAGAAAAUCUUUUAAGAAUUAUAAACAAAUUUUCUUCGAUAGAAGAAUUUGUUUUUAUAAAGAAGAUGAUCAUAUUUUGUCGCAAGUGCAUGCAACAGAAGGGAAACAUUUUUGGACUAUAUAUACAUCAUAAGUGAAAAGCUGAAACAGCCAUAUAAUAUAAAUUAAGGUCACAUGUCUUUAUUUUUUUUUUGUUCUGAGCAUGCGUUAUCUUUUAAGAUGUCAUUUAUAUAUUGUUUUCUCAGGUCAGUGAUUGAGGAAAUCUACAAGACUCUUGUUUACUCGUGUGACAUAGUUGUUUUGUUGAUUAGUGCUAAUUCUAUGUGCUUUAGAAGUUGUGAUAUGUUUUAUCCUAAAGUAUAACGUUUGUGAUUGAUUAUUGCAUUUUACUUAAUACUAUUAAUAAACAAAUGAGACACAACACAAUUUUGAAUGUUGUUUAUUUCAAAGCACCACAAUUAAGAACAUGCAAAAUAUAAUUGAUCAAUAGA